CCGCCCUUCACGCCCAGGCAGCACCGCGGCAAAAAUGGCGACGGCGGUGUUGGAGCGCAGCUUCACUGAGAUAAAUGCGUUUCCAAGAGAAACGACUACGAGGUUUAGAGAAAUAACGGUGAAUACAGGAGUUAAUGCAAUUCCUGGUGGGAUCAGAUACCCAGACAGUGCAGGGGGCUUUCAUUAUGAAGAGAGUGGGAAACUUUUGCCUAUCACCAGCAACUGGUUCAUACACUGGUCCACUUCUGGUGACACUCUACAGCUACUGGAACAGUCACUGGAUAUUAACCUCCUGAACAAUGCUGUCAGCUUAAAAUUUCUAAAUUGUAGUCUACUCCCAGGAGGGGUCCAUAUCUAUGAGACACACAGUCAUGUCUUCAUCCUAAUUGUAACUAAUCAGACCCUCCAUAGAAUAGUGCUACCUCACCCUGCUCGCAUGUACAGAAGUGAGUUCAUAACAGAGAUGCAAAUGCAGUCUGUUUUUACAGAUAUUGGCAAAGUGAACUUCAGAGAUUCAUCAACUAGCUAUAUUAUCCCUUCAGUACCAGGGCAUAUGGCAUCCUCUACUGCCUCUAGUGCCUGGAUUACUAGUGAUGGAGAAGCAGUCUUUGUCAUUGCUUCAGCUUCUGGUGGUAUUCUGCUAAUUCGGCUGCCUCCUCAUGAUGCCCAAGGGUCAGUUUCAAUCAUCGAGCUGAAGCAGAGCUCAGUGAUGCAGAGGCUCCUUACUGGCUGGAUGCCAACUGCAAUUAGAGGUGAUCAAGGCCAUUUGGACACACCACUUAGUCUUGCUGUCCGACAGCUGGAGAGUGACACAUUUAUAUUUUCUUUGUGCCAGGACCAUAAACUGCGGAUGUGGUCCUACAAAGAUCAGAUAUGCUUACUAGUUGCUGAUAUGUUGGAGUACAUGCCAGUGAGCCACGAUAUUCGUCAUACUGCUGGGCAAGGACACAAACUGCGUCUCUCCUUCUCAGCUUCAAUGGGUCUCUGUCUUGGGGUUUACCUUAGCUUUCCUAAAAGAGGACAGUUCUGCAUUUUUCAGCUUGUGACUACUGAAGCUAACAGAUACAGUUUGGAUCACAUUUCUUCACUUUACUCAUCCCAGGAGACGUUGGUAGAUUUUUCUUUGACUUCCACAGAUGUAUGGGCGCUAUGGCAAGAUGAUGAAAGUCAAACAAUUGUGAAGUACAUUAACUUUGAACAUAAUGUAGCAGGUCAGUGGAACCAAGUGUUUGUGGAACCACCAUUGGAGGAAGAAAUCCAUAUUGGGGAUGAUCAUGAUCCUAGGGAAACUUACCUGGAAAAGCUUUUUAGUCCUGGUCGCUUUACAGCUCUAGCGCUUGUGAAAGCUCUGCAGAUCUAUUGCCGUGGUGGGGAAAAGAUUAUCGAUCUUUCAUGGGAGGCACUGAAGAAAGAAGUCACUAUUGCUGUUGAAACGGAGCUUCAAGGCAGUGUGACAGAGUAUGAGUUCUCUCAAGAAGAAUAUCGUCAACUGCAGGUGGAGUUCUGGUCAAAGUUCUACCAGUGCUGUCUGCAAUAUCAGGAAGCAAUCUCAUGCCCUCUUGCACUGUUUGUCAACUCUCACACUGCCUUAGUUUGUCUGCUUAGGAAAGGUUUUAUCUCAUUUCUUGUUCCAUGCUUUGCUGUUGAUCACCUUUACCUGUCCUCAGACGAUCAAUUGGUGACAGAAGAUGAGACUCCUCUCACAGAUGAUGCUAGUACAGCACGAGACCUUCUGUUGUUGAUAAGCUGCCUGCGACGGCUUGGUGAAACUGUUUCUGGGGACCUAGCUUAUAUGAUGGAGCAAGCACUAGAGCAUCUGGAGUCACCAGAAAGGGAAGCAGAAAAAAUAAUGGAAACAUUACUGGCUAAUGACAAUGAUGGUGUUAUUGAGGAUAUUCAAAAUCAACUGCAGGACAUUAGAAACCCAGUGAGUGCAAUGAGUCUCCUCUUGAGAGAGAUGGACUAUGCAACUGAUGUAGAAAUGGAAGGUAGUCAUGGUGAAGGUCAACCUCUGAGUGUCCGAAUGACUCUGGCACAAAUUUGUGGAAGUUUUGCUGCUGCAACAGUUGUCUGUCGUGCUGCACACCAGAGUGCCAGCACUCGUUUCUUGCUGUGUCGGGACCUCUUAAUCCUACAACAGUUGCUGCUACGCCUGGGUGAAAAUGCAUAUCUUGGAGGAGGCCACCAGCUGUUUGAACUUCAGCAAGACUUACUUUCUCAAACUUCAUACCUGCUGUAUUCCUAUUAUGUUAUAAGAUGGGCAAGCCAGUGUCUGUCAACGGUUGUGGCCAUGGAUACAUUGGAAGCCAAUCUACAACAUCUGUCUGUUCUGGAACUUUCAGAUUCUCCCGCUUUAAUGCCUAGUAAAUCAGUGUCCAGUCCACAGACUCUGCUUGAACUUUUCUUCCAAAAUGUUGCCAGGAAGCGAAUCAUCUCUUUAAUACAUGCCCAGUCAGACAGUCCUCUGAGCAGAGGUGUCUUCAGCUGGCCUCACCUAAUCACAAUGAUCACUGUCUACCUCUUCCAGGAAAUAUGGCCCAAUAACCCAGGAUUCCUUUUUCCAGAGUGUAUGAUGGGAAACUGCCAGUACACCCAGUUGCAGGAAUAUGUUCGACUGAUCAGCCCAUGGUGCCAAGUCAAUGUUGGCUCAUGUCGUUUCAUGCUUGGGCAGUGCUACCUAGCCACUGGAGAAGGACACAAGGCUCUCCAGUGUUUCCAGGAAGCUGCAACAGAGGUAGGGAGAGAAGUGUUCUUGGACCGACUGAUUAGUUCUGAAGAAGAGGAGUUGACUUCUGCUCCACGCCUCCAGUUUUACAACAAGGUUCUGAGGUUGUUGGAAGAUGUUGGUUUACCUGAAUUAGUUAUUCAACUUGCUACAACAGCCAUCUCUGAAGCAAUGGAAGAUGUGAGAAGUCGUGCUGCCCUUCAGACUCGUAUUUUUAAGCAUCACCUUGACCUUGGACACAACACGUUGGCAUAUGAAGCUCUUACACAGAACCCAGAUCCUAGCAGACAGCUGGACUGUCUUCGUCAAUUGGUUGUGGUGCUCUGUGAGCGUUCCCAAUUACAGGAUUUGGUUGAAUUUCCUUAUGUGAACCUCCACGAUGAGGUGGUUAGCAUUAUUGAAUCACGGGCACGGGCUGUUGACCUAAUGACUCAUAAUUAUUAUGAACUGCUGUAUUCAUUCCACAUCAACCGGCAUAAUUACAGGAAAGCUGGCACAGUGAUGUAUGAAUAUGGCAUGCGCCUUGGAAGGGAGGUUCGGACGCGCAAUGGACUACAGAAACAGGUUAACUGUUACCUGGUAGCCAUGAAUUGUUUGAGGCUGAUCCGUCCAGAGUAUGCAUGGAUUGUGCAACCAGCAUCUGGUGGAGUGUAUGAACGACCAGGAGCCUCUCCAAAAAGGGAUCAUGAUGGAGAAUCUGCUACAAGUCCAGUGAAUCGUCGAAUUGAAAUUUUGGAGCUGAAGGAUUUACAGAAAGAGUACAUUUUGGCUCAAAACCGGCUCACUCUAGUACGGCACAACCCAGCAGCAGCUCCAAUAGCAGGAAGUGCUUCUGCUGACGAGACAGUAGUUUUAUUAGUUCAGGCUGGUCUAUUUGACUCUGCCCUGUCUUUGUGUCACAUGUUUAAGCUCAGUCUGAUACCUGUAUUUGAGGGAUUGGCAUACAAAUGUAUCCGUCUACAGUAUGGUGGGGAGCAAGUACAGGCAGAGGCCUGGGGCUGGCUAGCUGCUAAUCAGCUUUCCUUGGUAACCACCACUGCGGAGUCAAGUGCCACAGAUGAAGCAUGGAGGCUUCUUUCAUCAUAUCUGGAUCGAUACAAGACUCAGAAUGCUCAGUAUCACAAAUGUGUCAUCAACAAGCUGCUGUCUCAUGGUGUACCAGUCCCAGACUGGCUUGUCAAUGGCUACAAGAAGGUAGAUGCUGCUGGCUUGCUACGACUGUACUUAAACUAUGACCUUCUAGAGGAAGCUGUUGAAUUUGUUCUUGAAUACAUAGAUGCUUUGUUGGGGAAAGGGCACCAGUACUUUGGAAUUGAGAGACCCCUGUCUGCCACUGCACCACCAGUGUGGCUUCCUUAUGUGGCUAUCGACCAGUUACUACAUGCGCUUGGUGAGAACCAGUACAUCAACAGCACCCACCUCGAUCAGAGGCUGCGAGACAAGCUGGAGAAAUACCAUGCUGUUGUGAUCCAGACCACCACAACAAGGAAGCAAGUAGUGUGACAAAGUAGCAGGCAUGCUACUGCCCUCCUGCAAGACACUGGCUCUUGUGUUUCAGCCUCUAAGAGGCCCCAGAUUGCUUGACUUUGUAUCAUGGAAAAGGGCCAUUCCAGUAGUAAUGGCUCAGCUGAACUGACUGCACUGUUUCUUCUGCCCAACCUGAAGUUGUACAGAUUUAGCAUAUUAAUGAGCGGCAAGUCGUGAAAAAUUAAUAUAUUUUUGCUUAAUAAAGAACAUUACAACAAAA